CCUAAAUAUAGUGAAAUGAUCAAAUAUGCCAUUAGUUCUUUAAAAGAUAGACGUGGAUCAUCAAGACACGCCAUAUUGAAAUUCAUCCUGGAAUUCUAUGAUGUUGGUAAUGAUAAGCGAGCAGUCAACAAUUAUUUAAAACAAGCUCUAAGAGCUGGAGUGAAGAAUGGAAAGCUGAAGCAAUUGAAAGGGACUGGUGCUUCUGGAUCAUUCCGACUUGGUGAC